GAAAAGUGGAAAACUGUUGCUCCUACUAAUCCCCAGGAGGAAGCCGUGGAUCUGAACUUCUGAUCUUCGCCUUCUCAGCCUUUCUUCCAACUAGCCUGGUUGAUUUCCACUGUUCUAUGUUUCGGACGGUAAAUGAGUAGUUUGCACAAGUUCAGAGAGCCGGGAAAUCAGUGAAAUUUAUUGGCUCAUGGCGUCGCUUGGUGUCGUGCCAACGUCAGGGGUAAGAGAAUCCGCUGGUCAUACCGCAGGUGUUGACAGACUGCCUGAGGAGAUGAACGAUAUGAAAAUUAGGGAUGAUAAAGAAAUGGAAGCCGCUGUUGUUGAUGGUAAUGGAACGGAGGCCGGUCACAUUAUUGUCACAACCAUCGGGGGUAGAAAUGGUCAGCCAAAGCAGACGAUAAGCUAUAUGGCGGAGCGUGUUGUUGGGCAUGGGUCAUUUGGAGUUGUCUUUCAGGCAAAGUGCUUGGAGACUGGCGAAACUGUAGCGAUAAAAAAGGUUCUCCAAGACAAAAGGUACAAGAACAGGGAGCUGCAAACAAUGCGUCUCCUUGACCACCCGAAUGUUGUCUCUUUGAAGCAUUGUUUCUUUUCAACAACUGAAAAGGAUGAAUUAUACCUUAAUUUGGUACUUGAGUAUGUUCCUGAAACUGUUCAUCGUGUGAUCAAACAUUACAACAAGUUGAAUCAGAGGAUGCCGUUGAUAUAUGUUAAGCUCUACACGUACCAGAUCUUUAGGGCAUUAUCUUACAUUCAUCGCUGUAUUGGAGUCUGUCAUCGGGACAUCAAACCCCAAAAUCUGUUGGUCAAUCCUCACACCCACCAGGUUAAAUUAUGUGACUUUGGGAGUGCAAAAGUGUUGGUAAAAGGGGAACCAAAUAUUUCAUACAUAUGUUCUAGAUAUUAUAGAGCUCCUGAGCUUAUAUUUGGAGCAACCGAGUAUACUUCGGCUAUUGACAUCUGGUCUGCUGGUUGUGUUUUGGCUGAGUUGCUUCUUGGACAGCCUUUAUUUCCUGGUGAGAGCGGCGUCGAUCAGCUUGUUGAGAUCAUCAAGGUUUUGGGCACUCCAACAAGGGAAGAGAUUAAAUGCAUGAAUCCUAACUAUACAGAAUUUAAAUUCCCUCAGAUAAAAGCUCAUCCAUGGCACAAGAUUUUCCAUAAGCGUAUGCCUCCAGAAGCUGUUGAUUUGGUUUCUAGACUACUACAAUACUCCCCUAAUCUACGGUGCACAGCUUUAGAUGCCUUGACCCAUCCUUUCUUUGAUGAACUUCGUGAUCCAAACACUCGGUUGCCAAAUGGUCGUUUCCUUCCGCCGCUAUUCAACUUCAAAUCUCAUGAACUGAAGGGAGUUCCAACAGAGAUACUCGUAAAACUGAUUCCAGAGCAUGCGAGGAAGCAAUGCCCGUUUCUUGGGUUGUGAAAUGUAACAAACCUGCAAGAUAUUUCCAUAUGAAAUCUACGUGUUUCCGUUACUGGUGAUUGUCGUUCCACUUGUGUACUUUCUUGUACAACCUUGCCCUGUAAAAGCCUGAUUUAGAGAUAUAUGGUAAUCUUACCCAACCCUCGAUGGGUAUUGCGAACACACUCCUGUAUCACCAACACAUUGUAACAUCCGAUAGAAGACAAUAUCCGCAGUUGUCAAAAUGCUAUGUGCGAUACUUGUAUUACUGGCGACAAUGAUGGAUAGAUGGCUAAUUUAGCAAUGCUCCGUAUGGUGGUUAGCCGCUGUCGUCUAGUGUUUUAUCUGGAA